AUGAAGAUCAACCAGAACACAGCGAUCUCAACGAGCCGGGCUUUGCUCGUCCCAUACGAAGCACACCAUGUGCGGCAAUAUCAUACAUGGAUGCAAGAUCCAGAUAUCCAGGAAGCUACAGCAUCAGAGCCCAUGACGCUGGAGGAGGAAUAUGAGAACCAACAAUCCUGGCGCACAUCAUCUGACAAGCUCACUUUCAUCGUUUGUGCACCUCUCACCCAAGAUGUAUCACUCAUUAAAGCCGGCACCGCUGAUGCAGACGCUCUCAUGCGCGGCGAUAUCAACUUCUUCCUAUACCCGUUCGAAGCUGAUGACGAAGAUGAACCUGCCGACACACAGGGCUGGGUCACAGGCGAAGUAGACGUCAUGAUUGCUUCGCCCUCGCAUCGUGGUCAAGGUCUGGGCCGAGCUGCAGUGUGCGCAUUGCUAGUAUAUCUUCAGAAGCAUAUAGAUGAGAUACUUGCCGAGUAUGGAGCACAGGAAUUGAAGGGCUUGAUGGUUAAGAUUAAGGAGGGGAAUAAAAGCAGCAGAGCUCUGUUUGAGAAGUUGGGGUUUGUGCAGAAGGGAGAGGCGAAUUACUUUGGAGAGAUCUUGAUGACUAUGGGGUGGGAGGGGGUAUUGGAGAGGGAGUGGUGGAAGGGGGCGGAGGAGGAGUUUAAAGAGGUUAGGUAUGAGUUGGAAGGUCAGUGA